AUGACUACUCUGCGAGACAAGUUAUAUGCUGAGCGGCAACUUAAUAAACAUGCUUUUGGAAAUAGACCAUCAGUAUCUAGAAUUGAAGAUGAGCCAACAUCCAAUGAAGAUCCUACAACAGAGAUGGAGCCAAUCAAUAAGCAGAAUUAUUUCGCUUUGCUAAACCAAGUGGGCGAUAGUCAGUUUCGAAAAGUUAUUCUAGUAGGAUUACUUAAUAUUGUCAUAAUUGGUGUCUUUGUCGCUAUACUUUUCUCUCUCUUUUUCUUAAAUCACAAAGAUCCGCAUACUCCUCCUGAUAAUUUGUCCACAACAGUUUCGUCUGCUACUACUGUAUCUGCCCACAGUACUAAUACCACACUACUAAUACCAACUACUUCUGCACCAACUACUUCUUCACCAACUACUUCUUCACCAACUACUUCUGCACCAACUACUUCUUCACCAACUACUUCUGCACCAACUACUUCUUCACCAACUACUUCUGCACCAACUACUUCUUCACCAACUACUUCUUCACCAACUACUUCUGCACCAACUACUUCUUCACCAACUACUUCUUCACCAACUACUUCUUCACCAACUACUUCUUCACCAACUACUUCUGCACCAACAACAAGAACUGAUACAACAGUUCACUCACAUUCUUCUGUCACUACGACAAAACCUUACGGACGAUUUGAUAUGGUGAACAACUUGAAUCAAAGAAUUAUGGCAUUUGUUUCAAGCAACAGUUUUGGCGGUCUUCCGGAUCCAUCAGAGUCGAUUAAAGACCCGUCUGAAGGUAGUGCUGUAUUGGAUAUUAUUGAUUUUUUCUUCAAACAAGACGUGGCCUAUUGUGGAGCAACUCUUUUCAUAGUCACGAAACGUCUUCCUACAGACACUUAUACCUCUAACCAAGUAACUUUGCUCAAAACAUAUCAUGCUUAUGUCACAUUCGUUGUAUCUGAGAACUCAUUUGGUGGGUUGUCAUCAGAACCAAUGUACAGAUUGGCAAGCGAAACUAAUGGACUCUGUAUUUUCACGGAAGAUCGUAUGAUUACAGAUGUAUGGAGUAAUCGUCUAGUUUCUAAAUACACCGUUUUAUGCAUCAGACACCCACUUGGCUACCAUCCAUCUGGCCUUUAUAUUUGGUGUACUCGUUCAAUGCUGAAGUGUCAUAUGUAG